ACCCGCAGACGCGAGAGAAAGAAAAUGGAGAGGUUUUUUGGCAGCGCUUACCGAGGAGACCCAGGGGUUCCACAUACCGAUCCAGAACGAUUCCUGAAUAUAUGGAUCGGAUCGGCUGCUUUCUCUGCUCUCACCUUUUUCGAUCCCUACAUGUGGCAGCUCUCCAAUCAGCAAAACUGGCAUGAUAAGGCAAUGUUGUUUGAGCAGCACCACUGGAAGAAAGCACUGGAGAAAAGAGAGCCCUAUAAGUUCAAGUGGAACCAAUACAUGGACAAGGACCUGCGCGAAUCUUACUAUUUCAAUUGGCCCGUCUACUUUCCAUAGAUAUUCUCAUCUCACAUGUCUUGUUUCUUUGUUAUGUUGUUAUAGAUUGUUAAUGGACAUACUCUUCAUCGCAUGGAUAGAUCCUAUGGUUUUUUUCUUUUCUUGUCAUUAGGUUCUCAUAACAAUGAGUCUACUGUUUCCUCAAAAGUGGUGUAUAUUCUUGCAUGGAUGGUUAA